GGCCGAGUCCGAACUCCGAACCCAGCGGGGCGGGGCCCGAGCGUCGGGCGAGGCUCAGCCCCGCGCCACGUCCGAACGUCGAGACCCCAGAGAGCGGGAUGGGCGACGCUAGGGCGCUACGGACACCGAAGGGCCGCGACGGGCGGGGCAAGCCAGUGGUCGCGGCCGCCGACGGUCCCGGGCCCGGAAAUCCCGCGUGUCCGGGAGCAUCUGGGGAUGGGCCGGGACGCGGCGCGCAGGGGUUCGCUGGCCGAGGCGACUGUCCAGCCCCGCCCACCAGACUGCCCCACCGCCCUCUGUCCUGGGGCGCCGCCGCCCUGCCGCUGGCAGUGCACCGCUGUGCGCGAAGCCUGCGGUCUCGACCUGUGGACAAGGCGGGGUAUCCCGGGCUGGGAUCCGGAGCAGGUCCCAGACGUGCCAGGCAUCCCCGCAGGUCCGGAGCGAUGGCGGCCUCGAUGACCCGAGGAACCCGGUCCCCACCCAGGCCUGGUGACCCCUCCGGGGAAGGGACCCAGGGACUUCCCGACCCCUCGCCAGAGCCUAAGCAGCUUCCAGAGCUGAUCCGCAUGAAGCGAGAUGGAGGCCGCCUGAGCGAAGCGGACAUCAGGGGCUUCGUGUCUGCUGUGGUGAACGGGAGCGCGCAGGGCACACAGAUCGGGGCCAUGCUGAUGGCCAUCCGACUUCGGGGCAUGGAUCUGGAGGAGACCUCGGUGCUGACCCAGGCCCUGGCCCAGUCGGGGCAGCAGCUGGAGUGGCCAGAGGCCUGGCGCCAGCAACUUGUGGACAAGCAUUCCACAGGGGGUGUCGGUGACAAGGUCAGCCUGGUCCUGGCACCUGCCCUGGCUGCAUGUGGCUGCAAGGUGCCAAUGAUCAGUGGACGUGGUCUGGGCCAUACAGGAGGCACCUUGGAUAAGCUGGAGUCUAUUCCUGGAUUCAACGUCAUCCAGAGCCCAGAGCAGGGGGUGUGUGACCAGAUGCAAGUGCUGCUGGAGCAGGUGGGCUGCUGUAUCGUGGGCCAGAGUGAGCAGCUGGUCCCUGCAGACGGCAUCCUAUAUGCAGCCAGAGAUGUGACAGCCACCGUGGACAGCCUGCCACUCAUCACAGCCUCCAUCCUCAGUAAGAAGGUUGUGGAGGGGCUGUCCGCUCUGGUGAUAGACGUUAAGUUUGGAGGGGCCGCCGUCUUCCCCAAUCAGGAGCAGGCCCGGGAGCUGGCAACGACGCUGGUUGGCGUGGGAGCAGACCUGGGGCUUCGGGUCGCGGCAGCGCUGACUGCCAUGGACAAGCCCCUGGGCCGCUGCGUGGGCAACGCCCUGGAGGUGGAGGAGGCGCUGCUCUGCAUGGAUGGCGCAGGCCCGUCGGACCUAAGAGACCUGGUCACCAGGCUCGGGGGCGCCCUGCUCUGGCUCAGCGGACACGCCGGGACCCAGGCCCAGGGCGCUGCCCGGGUGGCCGCGGCGCUGGACGACGGCUCGGCCCUUGGCCGCUUCGAGCUGAUGCUGGCGGCGCAGGGCGUGGAUCCCAGCCUGGCCCGAGCCCUGUGCUCCGGAAGUCCAGCAGAGCGCCGGCAGCUGCUGCCUCGCGCCCGAGAGCAGGAGGAGCUGAUGGCGCCCGCGGAUGGCACCGUGGAGCUGGUCCGGGCACUGCCGCUGGCGCAGGUGCUGCACGAGCUGGGGGCCGGGCGCAGCCGCGCGGGGGAGCCGCUCCGCCUGGGGGUGGGCGCGGAGCUGCUGGUCGACGUGGGUCAGAAGCUAAGCCGUGGGACGCCCUGGCUCCGCGUGCACCGGGACGGCCCCGCGCUCAGCGGCCUGCAACGCCGCGCCCUGCAAGAGGCGCUCGUGCUCUCGGACCGCGCGCCCUUCACCGCCCCUUCGCCCUUCGCGGAGCUUGUCCUGCCGCCGCAGUAAUAAAGCUCUUUCGCUGCAAA